ACGAAGCCGUUUCAAAUGGCUGGUGGAUGUUUACCGUCUCGAACCAUCGCCGCAUUUUGGCGGAAGAAAAACAAUGUUUUAGCCAGUCUCUUGUGCUGCUACGUCUUCGUGUUCCUAGUCCGUCAAGUAAACGUCAACAAGCUAGUGGCAGUUGAGAAUCACAUUCAAAUCACAGCCAACAACCAUCAAGAAACAUUCAAACCAUUGAAGAUGAUACUCUACUGGAACAGUUUCUUCACUUCAAAAGAUUACACGUUCGGAUUCGGACAGCAGCCGUUUAUAAACGCAAAAUGCCCGACAACAGGUUGCGUAACGACCGACGAUCGCAAUUUGUUCAACGUUAGCGACGUCGUCAUUUUCUCCAUUCAACAAUUGAAUUUAAGCGACUUACCCGCACACAGAUUUCCUCACCAACGUUUCGUCUUCUACGAAAUGGAAUCGCCAUCGACGACGGAUCCCAUUCCUUUGCUCAACAACCGCACGCGAUUCGGAUUCUUCAAUUUGACCAUGACCUACCGACUCGAUUCGGACGUAGUUAAUCGAGACGCCUAUGGAAUGGUAGUGCCAAAGGGCAGCUUAUCCUCGGCCUAUCCGAAAUCACGGAGCAAUGGCACCACGUCAUUAAACGGCAAUUAUUCACCUGUCAACAUCAACGGCAAGAAGAAAUUAGCCGCUUGGUUUGUUUCAAAUUGCGUCACGACCAGCCGUCGUGAAGAUUACGUGAGAGAGCUCGUCAAGUACGUUCCGGUGGACAUUUACGGCAAUUGCGGGAAUUUGACGUGCGAAAAUCAGACACGCGGCCGUGAAAUGGUUCGUGACGAUUACAAAUUUUACAUCGGAUUCGAAAAUGCCCUUUGCACGGACUACGUGACGGAGAAACUGAUGGUCGGUUUCUUCUAUGACGCCGUCCCUGUGGUCAGAGGUGCCGUGAAUUACGCGGAAUUCGCACCACCGCAUUCGUUUAUCGACGUCAACGAUUUCGCUUCGCCCAAACAACUGGCCGACUAUCUUCUCCUGUUGAACGAGACGGACUCUUUGUACGCCCGUUAUUUCGACUGGAGACGUGACUACACCGUGGAACUGUAUCAGAAACGCGGCUGGUGUCAUCUGUGUCAACUGGCUCACGAUGACCAACUCCCGUCCAAAGUGUACGACGAUAUCUUGACGUGGUGGGUGGACGACCCCAAGAACUGUGAUCUGCCUAAAUAA